AUGUCCGGCCCCUACGACCAACACUACGCUUUCACCAACAGCGGGUACGACUACAACAAUAACAACAACCAAUAUCAAUAUCAAUCAUCACACCCCUCUGGCGGCUUCUCCGAUCAGUCACACCAACCCUACUACAACUCGUACUCGCACUCGCAGGCGCAAAACUACUACCCCCAAACCGGCGGUGCAAACACAUCAUACUACAACGGCCAGCCCGGCGCUCAGCAAGGUUCCGGCCCCGAAGCAGAAGCAGACCGCGGGCUCCUCGGCGCUGCGGCCGGUGGCGCGGCCGGCGCCUUCGGCGGGCACAAAGUCGGCCACGGCGUUCUGGGCGCGCUGGGCGGCGCGAUCCUCGGAUCCCUGACGGAGGAUUAUGCCAAGAAGGGAAAGGGCCGCAAACAAGGCAAACAAAGCAAGCAUUCACGCCGCGACGGUGCUAGUGGUACCCAGGGGCAGAGUUUCGGGUCGAGUGCCAGUGGGUUGGGGUCUGUGGCGAGCAGUUUCUUCAAUAACCGGAAGUAA